CCCCAGCUCUGGAAGUGUUUAAAGCCGCGGUGAACGGGGCUUGGAAUAACGUGGUCUAGCGGGAGGUGUUGCUGCCCAUGGCGCGGGGUUGGAACGGAAUGGAAUAGGAUGGGAUGGGAUAGGAUAAGAUGGGGAUUUGCGGUCCCGUCCAAUCCAAAGCAUUCCCGGUUUGAAUGAACCGGUCCCGGAACGAUCGCUCUGCGGCCGCGUUCCCGGGGGGAAGGGAAAGGAAGGGGAAGGUGUCGGGCGGUGUGUCGGCGUUUCCCGUCCCCCGCGGAAGAUGGCGGCGCCCAGCGCGCUCCUGGCCUGGUGCGUCCAACAGCUGCGCGGGGACUUCGGGCUGGACGUGGGCGAGGACGUGGUGAGGUACAUCUUGUCCAUCACGAACGAGGAGGAGAUCCGGGAGUACGUUGUUGACCUUGUUCAGGGCACGGACGGGAAGAAGAGCUGGUUUGUGGAAGAGCUGCUGAGCAGGUGGAGGAAAUCUGCCCAGCUGCCCUCCGAGCCCUUCCCGGCAUACCGGAAAAAGGACGAGGCUUUGGAAGUGCUGCGGGCUGGGGACCAAGGGAAGAAGGGGAAACGCAAAGGGAGGAACAAGCAGGAGAGCCCAGCAUACCCUGAGCCCAGUGCUCAUGGGGAGGAGGUGAAAACCCCCCUGGACCUGGCCAAGGCCCAGGAGAGCAGCAGUGGGGUCAGCAGCAGUAGCAUUUCUUCCAAGAAGAAGCCCAAGUAUGUCAGCCUGUACACCAGGGAGGGGCAGGACAGGCUGGCUGUGCUCAUCCCGGGCCGCCACGCCUGCGAGUGCCUGGGCCAGAAGCACAAGCUCAUCAACAACUGCCUGGAGUGCGGGCGCAUUGUCUGUGAGCAGGAGGGCUCUGGGCCCUGCCUCUUCUGUGGGGCCCUGGUGUGCACUAAAGAAGAGCAGGACAUUCUUCAGCGGGACUCCAACAAGAGCCAGAAGCUGCUGAAGAAGCUCAUGGCAGGUGCUGAAAGUUCAGGGAAUUUGGAUGCCAUAGGCAAAGGCUUGCUACCUCAGCAGGAAGCGAGACUCAAAUCAGGCCUGGAGAUGGCUGUGAAGCACAAAGACAAGCUGUUGGAGUUUGAUAGGACAAGCGUGCGUCGGACCCAGGUCAUUGAUGACGAGUCGGAUUACUUUGCCACGGACUCCAACCAGUGGCUCUCCAAGCAGGAGAGGGAAGCGCUCCAGAAGAGGGAGCAGGAGCUGCGGGAGCUGCGCCACGCCUCUCGGCUGGCCAAGAAAAUCACCAUCGACUUCGCUGGCAGGCAGAUCUUGGAGGAAGACAACAACAUGGCUGAGUACCACAGCAAACUGGAUGAGACCAUUGCAGCCAUGAGCUGUGGUGCACUGAGCGAGCCAGCCAAGAGCCCUGGGGCAGAGAUGACACCAAACUCUGGGGUUUUGGUGAAUCCCCGUCUCUUCCAGCCUGCUCCUUUGUGGGUGGACCAAACUGGUUUGCUCCCACAAAGGAAAACUGUUCAUUCCAUGGAGGCUGGAAGUGAGUCUGGCUUGGAGCGGAGCCGGCUGCGGAUUCAGGACCGGGAGCUGCAGGAGAUCUCGGAUGAUGGUUGGUGCCUCAGCCUGCACCAGCCUUGGGCUUCCUUGCUUGUGAGAGGAAUCAAAAGGGUGGAGGGCAGGACCUGGUACACAUCUCAUCGAGGGAGGUUAUGGAUUGCAGCUACUGCUAAAAGACCUUCCCCUCAGGAAAUCUCUGAACUGGAGGCCAACUACAGAAUGCUGCACCGGAAAGAUGUGGAAUUUCCAAGUGAUUAUCCCUCAGGAUGCCUCCUGGGCUGUGUGGACGUGACUGAUUGUUUAUCACAAGAACAAUUUCAGGAGCAGUAUCCGGACCUGAGCCAGGAGUCUGGCUCUCCAUUUGUCUUUAUCUGCACUAAUCCCCAGGAGAUGGUUCUGAAGUUUCCCAUCAAAGGAAAACACAAAAUCUGCAGAGCUACCCUGAAGCAUCAAUUAGAAGCUUCCCUCCAACAGCCAGUGUCUGGAAGAGUGAAGAGGAGCAGAGAACAUGGUGUGAGACAAGAGGCCUUGAAUCAUUGAGCAGAAAGAGCAAGGGACCCUGGGGCUUUGCCUUAUUUUUAGCCUUUUCUUAAAGGUUACCUGUGUGGUGUGUGGUGUUUGCGAGCUGGAAGAGCAGAGGAGCCGCCCAAUGUUUUUGGGCUCCAGGAGAAGCAGGCAGGCACAUGAAAAGCAGCAGCCCUGGUGACAGUAGGUGAUGUUGGGGGACCAGAGCAUGGAGAGAAUGUGAACUUGCUGCCUUUCUCCUGCCAAAACCACCCCUGGUGUGGGGACAGGGUGGUCUGACACACUGCUGGGCUGGCUCAGCCUGCUUGGGUGCCAGUGACUGGAAACAGCAAUUGCAAGGAGGGGGCUUCCUCCCCCUCCUAAGGUGGUGGGGGGAGAGUCUUCUCUGGGGUGGCCAAGGGGAUGGAGGAUCUCCCAGAACAUCUUCCAAGCCAUGUUUCAGUUCAUGGAUCUGUAGCACGGUGGUCUGCAAACUGUCUUUGUUGAACUGGAAUUGAGAAGUUUUCUUGAUUUGGAGAGAAGGUGAUGGUCACUGGCUGGUUAGGAGCCAUUUUCUCUGGAGAAGCACCUGCUUCUUAUGGCACACGGACAUUUACCAGCAGAUUUUGGAGCAGUGGCCAAAGAAGAACUUUGCUUCUUGCCCUAUCUCUGUUCCCAGCUACAGAGACAGGAUGAGGCUGGCAUUUAGAAGAUGGGAAGAUCCAAGGGAGCAGCAGGAAGGCAAGUUCUGGGGAGAUGUGGCAUUAGAGGAGGGACCAGUGUUGCCUGCUGGCAGAGCCUCUCUGGGAAGCUGGCUCUGGAGCCAGGAGAGUGGAAGCAUCCUUGCAUUUUUACAGCCAAGAAGAAGAGGCCAAGGACACUCCUCUGGGGAAGGACAUCACUAUGCCUGGCUUCUGGCUUCUUCAGCAGGAAUUACCUGAAAUACCAUUUUCUGGUGUCCUGCUGCUCUCCCAGGUGGAAAAGCAGAGCUAGCAGUGAAGCCCCCAAGGGCUGUGAAGGACAAGGAGAAGGCAGUGUUUUCUCCAGGUCCCACUACAGCUGCUGGCUGAGGUUUUCCCCGGUGGCAAAGGCAGCAGAUGGCCUUGGAGACCACCAGCCUGGCAUGUAGCAAUGUGGAGUAGGUGUCCCCAUCACACUGGGUACCCAUUGCACCAUCAUCCCAAGCUGAGGGUUUAUUGUCCCCUCUGCUGCCUUUUGCCGCACCAUGGAAAAACACAUCCCUGGCAUGUUGCUGGAUGGUUCCCCAUCUCCUCCAAGCAUCCUGUGGGCAGGCACAGGGAUUGGUUGCCCCCUGGUAGUGGCAGGCGAGUGCUGGAUGUUAAUUCUCUCCUCUCCUGGCUGAAUUUCCCCCUCUCGGGUGUCUCUUGGCCGUGUUGGACACGCUUGCCCCUGGCUCCCCGGUGUCGCGCCUGCAGAGGGAGGCCAGGGCGGCUGGAAAUGCCUGGCUCCUCAAGCAGGAUAAUUGGAUGUGACAGGAACACACUAACUAGGAGACCUCGCUGCCUCCAGCUCAUUUGCAUUGCAAAUAGCAUUUAAAAAUAAAGAGUGAUGAGGGUU